AUGGACACCCCAGUCAAACUGACGGUAACGGAGAAAGAAAACGCCCCUGGCUGCUACGAGGUUAACAGGACGGACCUAACGGGCAGCCAGGGCGGGAUGAGCCCGAGCUCGCGGUUGCUGUUGCUUAACGCAAUCGCGGGCCUCACCGGUAGGGAUAGGCGGAAAUACGAGAAGAAGCUCGAAAGAGCUUGGAAACAGCCGCGCAUACUCCCCAAGGGUGACAAAACACCACCAAACGCCCGCCUAAUUAAGGCGAAGGCAAAGAAGUCACCUAAAAGAAGCAAGAAAGUCACUGGGUCACCGGCAAAGAAACGUAAGACCACCUCGCGCAAACCCGUCGCUGCGCGGCGGCAGGAAGUGGCGGACGCGGCCGGGUCAGCCGCGCCUGAGCCGACCGCGCCUGCCAACACAAAGGCCGACCGGGCCACGUGUAGCGGCGGCCAGCAGGGCCAGGUAGCGGCCGAACAAAGCGCCAGCGCUGCGACGGCUAGCGCGCGCCCCGAGGCGCCCGCGCGGCCGCGUGCCGGGGUGAAUGCGCAAAAGCACGAAGGCGCGGAGGCGGGUGCGCGCGGGCGGCAGAAUGUAACUGAUGCCGUCGGCGCGGGCUCGCCGCCGCGAGAGAAUGCCAGAGCGGAGGAGCCCCGGAGCGUGGACGAAGCGUGCGCUGAGGGGAGCGAGCGAUCCGGAAGCAGCGCAGGAACCGCCACGCAGGAAAUAGAUGAGGAAGGUUUCCAGCUGGCACGAAAAACCGCCAGACAAUCCCCCGCCUUAGUCACACCAACCCCAAUUCACACCGCCAACAGGUUCGAUGUGAUGGGAGAACCUGCGGGAGAAUCGCAACAGGCGGAGGACUCUGAGGAAAUCGAACAACAACAGAGCCUCAGGAUCCCACCAAUAGUAGUACAGUUUGAGAACUACAAGGCACUGUACGACGUAAUAACAAACACGGUAGGGGAAAGUAGGUUCACCGCCAAAAUAACCGGCGGUGACAAAGUCAAAAUAACAACAAAAAAAAAUGUCGACGACUACAAGGCAGUGAGGAAGGUGCUAGAGGAGAGGAAAUUUCAUUUCUACACCUUCCCACUAGCAGCGAGGAGGCCGAUUAGACUGGUGUUUCGCGGUGUACCACACACCACCGACACCGCGGACAUAAAAAAGUUCCUGCUGGAGGAAGGGUUUGAG